CCUGUUCUCCGAGGGAUAAAAUCAUGAGGCGCCACACUGUCUUGGAGACAGCUAGCUAGCCUGCUCAGUUACGAAUCCCUUCACGUCCUAGCAAGAACUAGAUGCAGUCUAUAAUCUUUAGGUGGCCUUGAAAAGCUGAACUCGCUACGCCUUGUUAUAGCAAGGGAUACCCAGACGUAUUGCAUUAUGUUGGGCAACGGCAAGAAGCCCGUAAAGAAUGGAGCCGGGACGUCCGAAUCAAAGGCUAUCAACCCCCUUAAAAAUCUGGGUGUGGAGGAGGACGAGGACGUGAAGGUGAUGCUGAAGGGCUCCAGCAUGGUGAAGGUGCGUUCCCCGCGCUGGCAGAGGAGACGCGUGUUGAAGCUGCUGGACGACGGCGUCACGGUGUGGUGCGAGUCCGACAAGUUCUCCAGCCGCUCCAAGGCACAGCAGUCCUUCUCGGUAACAGAGGUGGAGUGUGUGCGGGAGGGCUGCCAGUCAGAGACCCUGCGGCAGCUAGCGGGCUCAGUCCCAGAGAGCCAGUGUCUCACUGUGGUGUUCAAGGGCGCACGCAAGAGCCUGGACCUGCGCUGCCAGACGGACGAGGAGGCCCAGCGAUGGAUACGGGGCAUCAGGACCCUCCAGGAGAGGGCAGAGAACAUGACCCAGAAGGAGAAGCUGGACAAUUGGAUCCACGGCUAUCUGAAACGGGCUGACCUGAACCGUGAUGAGAAGUUGAGCUACGAGGAGGUCCAGGGACUACUCACCAUGAUCAACAUUGACCUGAAUGAAGAGUAUGCACGCAGCCUCUUCAAGAAAUGUGACCGGUCGUGUGACGGUCGUCUGGACCACGGCGAGAUCGAGGUGUUCUGCAGGGAGCUGCUGCGGCGGCCGGAGCUGGAUGCCGUGUUUAGCCGCUACUCUGCAAACGGCUGCGUGCUUUCCACCGUGGACCUGAGGGACUUCCUGAAGGACCAGGGGGAGGAUAACUCAUUGGUCCAUGCUCAGAGCCUCAUCCUCACCUAUGAGCUCAAUGAGUGGGCUCAGAAGCAUGGCUACAUGACGCCCAACGGCUUCACCAUGUACAUGCUGUCCAAGGAGAACGACGUGUUUGACCAGGACCACACCAGGGUCUACCAGGACAUGACCCGACCCCUGGCCCACUACUUCAUCUCCUCCUCUCACAACACUUACCUCACUAGUGACCAGGUCACGGGAUAUAGCAGCGUAGAGGCCUAUAUCAGGGCGCUGAACCAGGGCUGUCGCUGUGUGGAGCUCGACUGCUGGGACGGGGACAAAGGAGAACCGGUCAUCUACCACGGUCACACCCUCACAUCCAAAGUGCCCUUCACAGAUGUCAUGGAGACCAUCGCUGAGUACGCCUUUAAAGCGUCUCCGUAUCCUCUUAUCCUUUCCCUGGAGAACCACUGCAGUGUGGAGCAGCAGGCUGUGAUAGCCCGACAGAUGCGCUCCAUCCUGGGGGACAGGCUGCUCACCAAGCCCCUGGAUGGAGAGCAGCUCCAAAGCCUGCCCUCUCCAGAGGCGCUGAAAGGGAAGAUCCUGGUGAAGGGGAAAAAGGAGAGGGAGGUGGAGACAGAGUCCUCGUCCAGUUCUUCCGAACUCAGCUCAGAGGAGGAGUGCCAGUGCAGCCACGCGGGGAGCAAGAAGGAGGAGGAGGAGAAGAAGCCGGUUGUCUCUAAGCUGAGUCCGGAGCUGUCCGACCUGGUGGUGUACACACGCAGUGUCCCUUUCAAAGGCUUCAACCAGGCCGCCAACAAACCCCCCACCGAGAUGUCCUCCUUCUCAGAGAGUGACGCACUCAAACACAUCAAAGAAUCAGGGAAACAUUUCGUCCGUCACAACAGCCACCAGUUGAGCAGGAUCUACCCCUCGGGACAACGCCUGCAGUCGUCCAACUUCAACCCCCAGGAUAUGUGGAACGGCGGUUGCCAGAUUGUGGCAUUGAACUUCCAGACUGCAGGGGAAGAAAUGGACCUGAACCGGGGCCGCUUCUUAGCCAAUGGCAACUGCGGCUACUUCCUCAAACCCCCCUUCAUGAUCGAACCUGACUGCAAUUUCAACCCUGAGAACACGGGGGGGGGACCCGGUCACAACCCCACCCUGAUCACCAUACGGGUGAUCUCAGCCCAGCAGCUCCCCAAGCCAGACUGGGAUAAACCCAGUUCCAUCGUGGACCCGCAGGUGUGGGUGGAGACCCAUGGCGUUCCCAUCGACAACAACAAGAAGAUGACCCCCCGAGUGGACAACAACGGGUUUAACCCUCGUUGGGACUGCACCUUCACCUUCACCCUGCAUGUUCCUGAACUGGCUCUGGUGCGCUUCAUGGUGGAGGACCAUGACUACACCUCCAGGAACGACUUCCUUGGACAGUUCACGCUUCCCUUCACCAGCCUCCGUACAGGUUACCGUCAUGUCCACCUACUGAAGGUCGAUGGCUCCAGCUUGUCUCCCGCCUCACUCUUCAUCCACGUGAAGGCCACCCCUUGCCACGGUAGUCCCUCCAAGGUCUCAGUCAAGUCUCCGUCCCCGACCAAAAUGGUAGCCAAAUCUCCAGCCGUGUCCCCAACCAAGGCUUCAGCCAAACAGCAAGCCAAGAAACACUAACUCUCUUCCCAGUUUACACUGUGUAAACCCAGGAUAUGAGAUUCGAUGCCAUAUUUCACGUGAUGAAAGUGUAAAAACAAGGACAUUUUGUUGAUUCUGUCUCUAAUUUACUCAUUAUCCGUCUGUAUCAACAGUUUCUACUGUAUACCAGUCUUUGUCCCCAUACCAGGAAGUAAUGAAUUCAUCUUAGACUGAGCCCUAAAAUGUUAUCCUGCGGGACAACAGAACUAGGAUCUCUGGCUUUGUCUGACCUGUAUUGGACCAAAUACAAAAAUACGAACAAAUACCCUGCCAGGCAAUGGUGUUUAUGGGACAUUCCCCCGAAGUCAUUGGCUAUGCAGCUAAACCAUCCAAACUGACUUCUACAUGCUUAAAGCAUGUUAAAAGGAAAGUUUAACUAAAUUAUUAUUCCCCAGGGUGCCAGUUUCCUCCCCCAAAAAGCUGUUUUUAAAUAAUCACGGAAAUGCCGAAAUGUUGUUACAAAUAUGUUCUCUGCAAAAAACAUCACAAUACCAUGUAUGGAAUCAAUUUAUGAUUCAGUUUUCCGAGCCUAGACAUUUUUAGGGUUGUGACCAUGUACGAAUUACAUUUGAUACUGACAAUUUUUAUGUUUACUUAUCUAGUUGUUCUAGAUAGUAAAUUGAUAUAGUUACUAUAGAAUAACUAGAAUAUGCAAUACCGUAGACUUUACGUAGCCUGUUUACAAGAUAUAAAAUAUAUCUACAAUUUAUUUGUAGCCUUUCAGAUUGGUACUGUAGAAAAGCUUAUUUUUUAUUUUUCUUCAAAGGUAGCCAGUUCCUUUUCCUUGUGCCUUUAGUUCCGUGAUGUUCAGUCAGUCUAGACAAUACAAAAGGGGUAUGUUUUCUGUAAGCCUCGUAGCUAAUGCAGUACUUUAUUUUUCUGAUGACCAAGUCCAACAUUACAAAGUGCAUCAUUUGACAAAUGUAGUUCUUUUCAGAACCAAAAUAUUGAUCCUUUCUGGCAGCUGUGUAGAAACUGAAGACUCUUCAUCUGUGGAGAGUCAGAAACAUUCCUUCACCUACUGUCAGUGAUUACUAUCAGUGAUUUUGGUGGGCGGCAAUGUGUAAAAGUGUAAUGUCUAAAUGAUGCCAAUUGUUGGCUUUGCCUUGUCACAUCCUUUUCAAUUUAGGACAAUCGGGGGGGAGGGGGGCAUGGCUAGUCUGGAUCUGGGGCCUUUUCAAACAUUUUAAAGUGUCAUGUUUCAAAUAUGAAUUCGGUAUUCUUCAUUAUCAACCAGAUAAGAUGGCGUACGUUUUAUAGUAAAACAUUUUGAUAGUUUUUUAAUCAUUUACUGUAACGUGAACACAUACCAUCCAUUUUGGAAUACUUUUGAAGGAAUGUGGUUUUUUGUAAUGGUUUAUUGCUCCAAGUAGAAACUUUGCGUUUCUGGCCAUAUUCACAGUGUUUAUGCAUAGUAGUGCUGACAUAGAAUAAGUUCAAAUCAUAAUAAAAUUGAUUUGAUGGACCCGGUUCUGUAGGAAUUUUAA